GUAACACCACGGAAUAUUAUAGAAUCAUUAAACAAAAAAAAAAAAAUUCGCCGAAAAAAUCCCUUGUUUCAGUGGAAAAAGUCUUGAAAACUCCCACCGCGUAGUUGCAUAACAUUGCAGACCGGCGUGGAAAAUGUGUUUGAAAAUUUCGCAUAUGCAUUUCUCAGGGAAAUACUAGAUCUGUUACAGUUUGUAUGUGUUACCAGUGCAAAGUUACAGACCGCAAGUGAUAUCCAACUUAUAGAGGAGGAUUAUAGUUACAUGGUUAACACGGAACCCGCGGUUGUGAAAAAUACCUAACGCUGAACGGUAUUUCGAAAGUGCAACCGAUUGGACGACCUUUCCGCUUAUAAAUAGUGAGACGGCGCCCGCAAAUCGGAUCGUUUGUGGCUUCGUGUACCGAGUAGAGUUACAAAUUACCACUGUGGUGCAAUACACAAUGCAUACGUUCAUAAACAGGCAUCGACCAACGAAACUAAACUCUAAGUACAACACUUAAACAAAAAUAAUAAUAAUUGUUAAGUGACAAAGUAAUAUGCAUCAUAAGUUCGUGAGUGCGACAGUUAAUUUCGAAGAUCCCUAUUUACAAAAUUACUCCCACACUAAACAGUGAAAAUUACAAUCGUUUAUCAGUGAGUCAAUUAAUAUGCGUGAUGAUUGGUACGUGAAACCUGUGAUUGUGACUGUAAAUGUCAAAAACCGAGCGCUGAAUCCGAGCAUACCAUUCUGGUUGUUACAAUUGACAAUCAUAUAUUUGGUGGCUUUAGCACAUUUCGAUUGUCCUGGCUUAAAAUUAUUGAAAGUCCCUGAUUGGGCGCCAAAAUUGAAAGUCCCAUACCGGGCCCUAAAUUCUAUCUCAUUUUGGGAGUUAAGACUGACUGUUACAUAUUUGGUGGCAAGUGAAGUCCCAGAUCGGGCGUCAAAGUCGAGAAUCCCGUUUUGGGUGCCAUUGACAGUUAUAUAUUUGACGGCAAGUUUAGCACGUGGUCCCUGGGCGCCUCGGGCUAGCGCGUGGGGCAGCGAGCGGGGGUAGUCGGGCGGGCUAUGCGCCGCGGGUGAGCAGUGACGGCGCCCGCGCGGCGGCCAUGGGCGCGGCGCGACAUGAUCCCGCGCGCGCGCCCGCUGCGGCUGCUGCUGGCGGCGCUGGCGCUGGCGUCCGUGGCCGCGGCGCCCGCGCCCGAGCCGCGCGCGCAACGCUCGGCCAACCUCAGCCACAUCACGGGCACCUCGCGCACAAUACAGAUGUUCCUCAAGAAUCGCUAUCUGCAGCUGAUGCCGGAUGGCACCGUCAACGGCACCACAGACGCCAGCAGCGUUUACACGAUACUUCAGCGUGCGACGUACAAAGUCGGCCUCCUGACGAUCCAGGGGGUCUCCACUUGCCUCUACCUCUGCAUGGAUGCCUGCGGGUUUCAAUACGCUAAUAAGGAUAUCUCGGACGACUGCGUGUUCGAGGAGCACAUCGAGGAGAACAACUACAACACGUACUCGCGCAUCCGCGGCGGCAAGAAGACGUUCCUGGCGCUGGACAACCGCGGGCGCGCGCGCCGCACGCAGAUCCCCGUCAGCCGGCCGCUGGGCAACCUGUCGUCCUACGCGCUCACCAUGACGUCGCGCUGGGCCGGCGCGCGCCCGGCGCAGUGCCCGCCGCGCCGCCACCGCGGCAAGCUCAAGCGCGCGCCGCCCUUCCACCGCAACUGCCAGCGCCGCGUCAACCGCCAGAACCUGCGGAAGCGGAAGCACAAGAAAGCGAACGACUCGAAGAAGAAGCAGCGACACCCCAAGGCGAGGAGAAAACACGACGGGACCACGUCCACGACGGAGUCGUGGGACGAGUCCACCAUGUCCACGAUGUCCACGACGGACGCGGAGUUUUUUCGGUCGGUUGCGCCGGACGGGCGCGCCUGAAUCUGCUCGCCUUGGCUGCCGUGGCGCUCGCACACUAGCACCGUUCCACCCUUCCACCGAAUCUCUAGCAUUCCCUUCGACGCCGUUCCGAGACGAACGGCUCUCGAAACUCACUUGCGUCGCUCUCUUAUAGUUGGGCUCCACUAUCGGGAUUCAGCAAAUGAUUUGUGGUACCUCACACCAAGGCGCGCUCGGAACCCUCGUAGCUUUAGUUUUAAGUUUACGUAAUUAAUUAUCACCAUUAGGUAUAUCAUUAUACAAUUAUUAGUACAUAUAUUUUUAUCAUCUUACAAACCCAACAAUUGACAAUCAAAAAAGUAAAUGCUAUCUAUUUUGAAUAAAUGAUUUUGACUUUGACUUUGAUAUCGUGAAUUGGCUGCCGGCAAUCGUAUUGUUCCACACAUUCGCGCUAACCCGAAUCACCUGGCGCGAAUAUAACUAGGUAUUUUAAAAAUCCCCCACAAUCUCUUUGUUUUUUCGGGAUAUAUCUACACACAUUUAAAAACAUUUAAAAAUUCGCAAAACUCAAAGCAUUCGCCGUAUUCCAUCCCAAAUAGAGUGGUCAGUAGAUUAGUCGAAUGCCUAAAUAUCGUAGCCCGAACUCUAAUCAUUUGCUGAAUUCCGAUAGUGGAGCCGAACCAUUAGCGCAACGCUCAGCUACAAGCGAAGUGUCCUUGCAGUGAAGUGUGAACAAAACCUGCAGAACUCUGGCAACUCACUCCCGCGGUAUAAAUACUAGCAGUAAGUCAAAAUUGAAAUUAAGAAAUUGACUUACUGCAAGUGUUUACACUGUACAAGUAACUAGCCAGAGCUGUGUGCUUGGUAUGAGAUUCUACAUCCUACCUAACGUUUAUAAAAUUCGAGAUCAAGAAACAAUAACGUUAGAGUGAGACGAUUUUAAUUUUCCAACGUUUCCGCUUAGAAUUUGAGCUUAAAAACAUGAUAGUAAAAGUCCAUUUUACCUUAACACUGAAGUGUUUCGACGCUCGAACUCUACCAACAUAGAUGUGACGUAAUAUCUCAUACUAAGCCCACUGUAACGUAUCAAAAUACUCAAUCGAGCAAACGUCGAUGCUGUCGAAUCAAAUUCGAUACUUUCAUCGAUAACGUAAUGAUAUUAUAGGUACUACCAAAGCUGAAAUUAUCUAUCUCAAUUUGUAUUCCUAGUUCGCUUUAAAACGUAGGUUUAUCGGCAAGAUUCCAAUUGUCUUAGGGCACUGACUCACUAGGACACCAGUGGCGGCGUAACCAGUCACGCUACCAAUAAAAUCUAUAGGUAGGUAAGUACAGUCCUAUGGACGAUACCUCACUUGCGGGGUGAUUCGGUAAUUCAGUGAUCAUGUCACUAAAUGAAAGCCAUUAACCUCAUUUAACAUUGGUUGGUUCUACGAUGCUGCUUCGACGAACAAUAUAAAAGUAAUAUUUCAUAGCAAACCUUUAAUGGAUUAAAAAUAAAUGUCAAAUGAGGAUCACUAAGUUAGCAAUCACCCGGAUGGUGUCCACAUGGUUGCGAAACCAAUUUGGUGGCGGCGGCCAGUAUCAUCCAAUGGUGACUCAACCACUAAUAUGCAUAGAGCUAUUAUACUUAUUCGGUUACCAGUUGCGCUACCAGGGAUGCUUUUCCUGCAUACUGCUCGUGCGUGAGGAUGUCAUCGCAUAUUAUGUACACUGCAGCUGAUGUGAGGUGAUUGUUCUCGCCCUAGUGUCUGCUUUGAUGUUUCUCGUUUGGUAGCUCAAGACUCCGCGAUGGCGCGAUCGGUAGCGCCGACAUGGUAUCCUAGUGAGAUAUUGGCCUUAGUUAUCAUGAAAUUAUUAACUUAGAUGUUAUUCGAUAACUUAAUGAUUAAUUAAUUAACGGAUUCGCUUUAAACGAGUCGAGAUUAUCGUUUGGUAAGGUGGAACUGUGUUAGAGGAGAGAGGGGGGAGGAAAGGGUCCCACUCGUGGCCAGUCGUGGCUUCGGCCGUAGCUAGUUAACUAGCGGGUAAACCGUGACGUCAAGCGAUUUAGCGUUUCAGUACAAUUUUGUAUAAAUACUAGAUAUGUAUGGGGUUUUUGUUAAAAAAAAUGCUAUAGGUAGGUAGGCCAGGUUAACCCAUUUUGAUCUCAGACUACUUUGAUUUUACUUAGAGUUAAAACGAUUUAAAGUAAUACAUUUGUCUCGUUUUAAGUGUAAGUAUUUAUUUGGAAAAAAAAUCUAUGUAGGUAUUUCUGAGCAAAGUAAAGCGACUUUGCUGACUUAGAGCUAAGACGAGACAGAUUUAUGUCAUACAUUUUGUCUCGUUUUAACUCUAAGUAAAGUCUGAGCAAAGACAAAGUAUGCUAUAUCGAUCUUAGCCGACUGCAUGAUCACUUACAACUAGAAAAACAUCGCAGUUAAGGGUUAACUUAUCAAUCUAAUAAAAAAACAAAUUCCUUCCAAACAUUUCCGCAUCCCUGCAGACAUUUCGAAUCUAUUUCCAUCGUUACACCACACCGAGACCGUGUUUAUUAUUCGUACAUCAUCCGAAUCCAUUUCCUAACUGACUUCUAAAUUUACUUUAAUUAAAUCUAAGCGAUCCGUUAAUGGAUACGAUACGGUAUACGGGCUCUUUGAUACCACUCCGAGUUUAUCGUUACAGAAAAUCGUAAUUCGCUGAGUGCUUUCCGAUUACUAACAUUCGUAAAUCAUAAAAAGGAGAGUUAUUACACGAACCUUCUCAAGUAAAUAAUAACUGAAUACGUCCCAAAAGUAGUAGUCGGGUUCUUAGUAAAUAGUCGAAUUACCUUGUCCUAUUACAAAAUUAAUUCGGUAAUCAUAAAAAAGAGAGUGGCGGAGAAAAUAUGCACGAAACUUCCGUAAGAAAAUAUUAAUUAUCUUCAUUUAAUAAGACUUCCCAUAAGCCAUUUUCCAUCCUAUCACACAACAUUGAUUUUUUUUUAAAUGACCUAAUAUCGAAUUUAAAAAUCACCUUAUUAAAAUUCGUAAAUCACGAAAAGCUCUUCGCGGCGAAAAUUUACAUGAAAGUUCCUCGACUUGCCACGAGUGGAGAGCAUAGUGAGAUUUUGUACUUAGUGGGACGGGUUGGUGUAAUUUCAUAAGAAAUUGACUGAAAAAUAUUGACUGAGUAAUGUAGGUACUGUCGGUUUCGGAGUAGGCUAUGAACUAUGAUAGGUUAUGUGCGGCGGGCGGCAUGCUUCUGUAUUUAUAAUUCUGAGGGCACGAAGCUAGUGAUCUUGCGAAGAAAAUAAUCCAAACAUCUUGGAAUGUAACUAGUAUUUUAUAUAUCUUAUUCUUAGUUGAACUGUUGUAAAAAUAAUUUCGAAACUUUGAUAUCUGACCAAAUCGUAAUUGCUGACUCUUUUGCAAUACCAUUUAACUACCGUGGUCCUAAAGUGGAGUUAUACUGGGUUUAGUUUCAAUCGCAGAACCACUCGCUUCGUACCAUUCAAAGUGGAAUUAGUGAUAACGUAUAACGACGAAGAAGUGACUAUUAGUAGAUAGUUUAUAUAAAAACGUGUAUCUAAUUUGUAAAUUAUUUAUUUUAUUUUCCAUAGAGAAAGUCGUAUUUUGUUAACGUUUUAGUUGAUUUUUUAAUCUCUGUCCCUUUAGUUCGUCCGAUGUAAGUAGAUAUGUCGGUUGUCAUACGCUUGUAUUUUUAGUGAGCCAAUUUAUGUGUAUUAUAUUUAUAACCAUUCAGUUACAAUAUAGUCUAUGUAAACUCUGAUCACUCAGAUAAUGUCACUUAUUUACUAUUUAUUCUUUACCAUAGAAAAGCCAGAAGCCGUUAGUGUUGUCGAACUUAAGUGAUUAACAUCAAAUCAAUUUGUCCGAAACUUUUUUACUAAAUGUUGUUCAGUACGUAAUUUCAGGUGGACCCGAUGUUUUCUGCCAAAUAUAACUUGCCUUGAAGUAUUUCAAGGCAAGAGUGAAGAGACUUCUUUUAGAUGAGCGCGCUCCAAUCUAUAGACCUCAUCCAAUCCACCAAUUCCACCGUCAUGAUUGGUCGUAAAGUAUUUUGUUUUGAUUACCUAUGUACCUUGAUUUGAAUUUUUUUUAAUGAAAGUUAACGAACGCAACGUUAGUUCGUUAUAACAAAUACGAAUAAAUUGAUCUAACAAAAGUUGGCAGUCUUCAAAUGAUCAGAGUUAAUAUAGUGUAUAUGUGUAUGAUGUACGCAAAUAUUGUGCUUGGAUGGACGAUUACAUUCUUAGUGAUUUCCCUCGCAUUCUUGUUAAAAUAUGAAUGAUGCGUAUAAUGUUUCUAUUUUAUAUCACACUGAGUCAGCGAACUUAAAAAAUAUAUUUUUAUUUAUUUAUGAACAUUUAUACCUAUAAAAAUGUCCAAUGUUACAGUCGAAACAUUUUUAAAUGCAGAUACAAUUUUUUUAUUGAAGUAACUACUUUAAGGACAGAUGAGAAAAUCAUCAGAAAUGGGAGAGUUAGAUUUUAUAUUUUUGUCUUAUUUUAUGUAGAAGGAAAUAUAAUUAUGAAAAUGUUAAAUUAAUGUAACUUAAAUAAGAAAAAUCCCACUUCUGAUGAAAAAAGUUCCUUGAAUAAAUACAAUUUAUUUAAUUUAUUUAGGCUAACUUCACAGGCUCGUGAAACAAAAAAGUGGAAAACACGACUCAACAUUACAGUUCUAAAAUGCAUACAGAUUUGCUAUAAUUUAACAUUGCUGUAACUUAAACACUGCCAGUAAUUUACAGGGUUACCAUUUUACAACAAAAGAAAUUAUACAAUCGAAAAUUAGGUACAUUGCGUAAUAGUUCGCUGAUUACAGUAAGUCAUACGAAUACGUCAAUAUGUGUGGCAAGUUUAUGAUUGUACCUACGAGUGUCUGAGAGAAUGUGUCCAAUUAAUUUAUGAUAUUAUGUUACGUUGUAUGUAAUUGUUUAAUGUCAAGGAAAGGACAAAUCUGUACACGAUUUAAUGAAGCAUUUACUCAAAAUAACAACUUUUUAACGUAUCGAUUUUGUCAUUUUCACUCGUAACUUAUUCGGGUUUGUUAUCGAUUACCUGACUCGUAUUGUAGAUAAAAUAAAAACCAAUCGAUCUUUAGAAAGUAGAAGCAGUAUUUCGGUAUUGUAAAUUUUCUCCAGUUACAGUACCUAGUUUUAUAGUUUUAUAUUUGUAAUAGACGUUGUAAGAAUUGUGUAAUUUCUCAUCUAUUCUGUAACGUUAAUCGAUUCCUAAUCGUUUCACGAAUUAUGGUUGCAUACGCACGAAUUUAAAUACAUAUUUCUCGAUAAAUAAAGUAAAUACCUAUUUCCUCGAAUAACUAAGGCAUCUAAAAUGAUAUACAAUAAUUAUAAAUCAUUAGGAUUUAAAGCAAAUCAUUAAAGCCUGUAAGUAAGACACUUUAUCAUGUUUUUCAAAUAGCUUUUUGUUUAAAAGGUAAUUUUCUCGAUUCUAUAUUUUUUAAUAUACAUUAGUAGUAGUUAGUAGAGAAUUUUGCAAACCUUUUAUAGUUCAUAAAUUAACUUUAUUUUUCGGGAAAUGUGAAAAUUUGAAGAUAAUGGUACCUAUUUCGUUUUUGUAUAAAUAUGAGUUAAUUUUAUGUUAUUUAUACGCAUGUGCCAUAAAAUACCUACUUGUAAUAGAUUUACCGACUCAGAGAGUACUAAUGUUGUUCAUUUUCAUUCGCACAAUGUUAAUAAUAAUUAUUGUUUGAACAAAAGGCAAAGGGGUUUUACACAGGAGUCAUUUAGAACUAAAAUACUCAUUCAUAUUAUCAUACUUUUAAUGAAUCGAAUAAAUAAAUUAUAUAAAUCAAAUAAUUAGGCAGUGCAGCUAAAAACUUAAGUAAUUUUCAACUAGUAACAAAUGGUAGCUCAACCAAAAGCUUAACUCUCAUUUAAAACUACGCAAACGAAAAUGUGUUACCACUCAAAACAAAUUAUACCUACCUGUGAUACAAUAAUGUCAUUUACAACGUAUUACGACUUUAAUCGAAGUUUUAAUUAAACAUGUAAGGGAAUAAUGUGUUCUUUGGAUUGCCAUUUAUUUCCCUUUUUGCAGAACGCUGGAUUGUAUGAACUCAAGUUAUUCAAAACUUUUAAUACAUUUGUCUGAUCAAUGAACUAGGUAUCACACAGUUUUGACAAUAUUUGGUUGAGCCACCACUUCAGUUAAGCCAAAUAAGAUUAAUAAAAUGUAAAAUAAUAUGAAUUGUAAUAAAAUAAUUAUAUAAAUGCUGAGAGUGUUAGUGGAAUGCUUAUAAAAUCUGUUCCCACCAAUAUAUGGCUCCUAACGCCCCACUUUUUCCCGGAAAAUACGCCAACGGGAACGUCAUGGGGUCUAACAGUAUUACUUAAUUAAUUUCGAUACCUUUACAUUUUUACAAUAAUAAUUAUUAUAAUGGCCCUAGAGAUGGUGGCAAAUUUUGAAAAGUGUUUAAUAAAAGCUGGAAAAUAUUUUUUGUAAAAUCUCUCUGCAUUCUCCGAUUAUGGACGACUAGACUUUUUUACAAAUCCAAUGAAUAUAGGAUCAUGCAGAAAAGGGGUACUAACCUAAACGGCGAUCUACUCUAUGUAUCUUUAUAAAAAAAAUCUACAUUUACAAUGGGGCCAACCCUUAAAUCCUUAAAAAAGCCUUAAAUCCUUAAAAAAUGCCAAAUAAUAAUUUAUCAAGUGACAAUGAUAUUUUUAUAUAGAACGGCUGCUUGUUUUUAAUAUUUAAGGCUAGGUCCUUAAUAAAAGUUAAUAAUGAGGACGAGGUACACUGACUCCUUUUUGGAUUAGUAGUUAGUACUUCCCUCUUUGCAUGCAUGACCCUGUAUAGUCAUAUUCAUGACUAUCAUCCUCCUGGAUCAAUGUUUCAAGUAAGGCAGUAGAGAGACUAUUACAAAAUUUUAGUGUCUAUCAAGUUCUCUCACAAAAUUUCCCACCAGCUCUUAGCCUAUAACGUAUUCGUUGCUAAAGCAGUUUAAUGUACAAAAUGGAAUACUGCCGUUAAUUUAAAAAGCCAAGGUCAUUGAACUUAUCUGACGUAUGUCGAAACCACCUUAUGACGUAUUUUAAGUCUCACCAAAAGAUUGAUCGAAACUUUUAGACAAUAAACUUUUUACAGCCUCUUAUACCGAAAGAUAAAUAAAAUGAUUCUUAAAAUAUA